AUGUGUCCUUCUGGACAUCUUAGUAAAUCAGUUCCCAAGAAGAUUCCCAGCAUGGAGCAAGGUUCUACGAAAAAGUUAUCCAAUGUGCAGCAGUACGAAGAGAUAGUGGAUUGUCUUAAUAAUCGUGGUAAAAUUGUGGGUUUGGGUGUCCUGAAGGAGAACAAGAAGAGUUCGAGUAAUUUCUUGUUGAAAUUUGCCCUAACGGAUGUAAUUCUGUAUACCGGAUUAAUUAUCUACUCUACGUACAUCUCCUAUGGAGAUUUCCUUCAAUCGGCUUUCUGCUGGACAACUUUCGGCCUGGCAUUUGACUCUAUCAUGAGGUUUUAUGUAUUCAUCUACCGACGUUCUGAUCUGCAUAAACUUUUGCGGAACACACGGAUGCUAUUCCAGCGGAAUGAGGCUGAUCCUGAGGGAAAUAAGAAACUGGAAAGGAUUCUUAAGUUUGCCAAGAUCGCCAAUACACUGACAUUCCUCAGUCUCUCGGGUACCUGCAUUACACUAAACUCAAUGGCCAUUAUGGAGACGAUGAGAACUGGAGAAAAGACACUUGUCUUUGGCUUCUACCUACCACUGCUUGACCACAAGAGCACCAUAGGCUACGCCAUCAACUACUUGUAUCAAAAUAUUCAAAUGGUACUGGUAUCUUUUCAUUCAUCCCAAGGAGAUGGAUUUUACAUUGUCCACAUGAUUCUCGGAUGCGCUCGUCUUGAAGCAAUUGGACAUAAGAUUGAUCUCCUCAAUCGAUACUUAAUUUCCGAAGAUCGAGAAUUAUUGUCGCCAAGGGAGGAUGCUAAGAUAAUUGAUGAAUACCUCAAGGAUAUUCUCAAUCAGCACUUGGCCCAUAUUGAAUAUAUGAAACGAUUGGAGUAUCUCUUCUCUACAUAUGCAUUUUUCCUGGUCAGCUCCUGCAUGUUUGUGAUUGUUAUCAACAUUUUUGUCUUCAUAACGAUUUUCUGGCUCGAAGGUCUCUUUCUCAGUUCAGCUAUGUUGUUCAAGAUUAUGGCAUUUUGCGUCCUUGGCACGAUCGUCAGUAUCAAAGAUGAGGAAAUUAUAGAGAAAUUGUACGACUUGAAGUGGUACUUAAUGCCUAAGAAACACCAGAAAGCUGUGCUUAUGAUCUUAAGGAGUGCUCAGCAUCCCGUUGAAGCUACCAUGAUGAAGGUCAAGCCUCUGAAUUUAAACACCUUCCUGGCAUGCCUCAAUAUGAUCUACUCGCUGAGUGCUAUGCUCUUCACAGUUACCAAGAAAAAAGAGCUCUAA